ACCGACUAUGGGUCGCCGCAUAUGGAAGGCCUCCCUCAAUUUCCCCUCCACCUUCUGUCCGGGGUUUGACUGCGCUUCUUAUCUCGUUAAGCCUGGAAUGCGUCUUCGCUAACAGUCACUCAUUACCGUCACUCAUUUGCCAUCGUCAUGGCUUCGAAAAUGCCUCUGCCUGCUCCACCGCGGACCCCUACGCCGCCUCCUGACGAGAACGCGCCCCAGCCCGUUGGACUAGGAUUCCGAAGCGAUCUGGCUGUUGGAGAUACGGGGCCUAAUAACAAUGCGCUGCUCUCGCCCAUGUCUGCCACGUUCCCCUCCAAGCAGUAUGCGACCCUCGGGCCCAGUGAUUCUGUCUCGCAGAGGGCGUCGCCUGCGACUCUGUAUACACCCGCGAGCGCGACCUUUCCAUACACGCCCGCGAGCGACUCAACCAUGAAUCUUGAGCCGCCCUCUGCGAACGGGUCCGAGAACCCCAAUCCGUUCAAUUUCCAAUCUGUCGCCUACCAGCCGGGGCGGCCCCAGACAAAGGCUAAUGACAUCGGCCGAAGACGAGGACACAAGUACAAACACAGUAGUGUAUCACAUCAGAUAUUUCUAGAACCAGCACCGCGCGCUCCGCUCCAGCUCCCUGCCUCGCUUCCGAUCCCGACGUUCAAAGAGUACCGCUCGUCAAUGUCCAAGGACCAGAAGCUGCGGCUGGCAUGGUGUUUCUGCCAUCUGGUAGUAGCCGGCCUCGUACAAUGGGGCGCACAUGAAUCGCUGGCACUGACAGUAUUGUCUCGUCUAAUCUUCUACGAUGCACUUGGAGCUUUUCUGUGUGUGGCUGUUGACGUUGGAUCCAACUUCGAGGUAUGGAAGCGAUCUAGCAUACGACAUCCAUUUGGCUUUGAACGUCUAGAGGUCAUCGCAGGACUAGGCAUGUCUGUUGGGCUACUGUUCAUGGGACUGGACCUCAUAUCGCAUGGUUUGACGCACGCGCUUGAAAAUACCGGAGGACAUGAGGCGCAUCACGCCGACGCUCACGAGCGAGUGUCGGCUGGCAGCAUUGAUCUUGCUGCUUUGUGCGGUGUUGUCUCGACACUGGUCUCAGCAAUCUUGUUGAAGAACCAUGCGCGCAUAGGCAAGGUCAUGAGGCUAAGUGCGAUCGCUAACCUGCCUUCGGUGCUGAGCAACCCGUCGCAUUUUCUGACAUUAUCGUGCUCGUCACUCCUGCUAAUCUUGCCCCUACUGAGCAUCCAGAUGUAUGUGUGGCUUGACCGAACCCUCUCAUUUUCAGUUGCCUUCUCCAUGGUGGCGCUAGGAUGGAUUCAAGGAUGGACCCUCGGCAAGAUGCUGCUCAUGUCCUACUCGGGACCCGGCGUAUCGGACAUCAUGUACGACCUGGAGACGGACCCAGCCGUGCGAACGGUAGAGGAGGCAAAAUUCUGGCAGGUACACUACGGGCUCUGCCAGGCGAACCUGAAACUUCGAGUGAGGAAUUUGGAGGAAAUUGGGCGUCUGCGCGAUCGCAUUGGCAGCAUGGUGCGGAACCGCUUGGGCGGCGGAUACGGGAGCGGCGGGCAGAGAUGGGAAAUUUCAACCCAAAUUACACUCGAGAAGGACUGAGGACGCUGGGCGCCGUUGCAUGUCCGCGAUUAGAUUCUGCAAUAAAUCUUUCAGCCCCUGUGGCGGGCCGUCUCCCUAAGACGCUCACUAAGACUCAACUGCAGCCCGAACGUUGGCCCAAAAGCAGUGCGACGCCAUGAAGCAAAUAGACUUUGGCCUUGCUUUUGCGGGCACGCAACGCUGCAUGAGAACUAAUCCCGAUGGUUCCGUUUGCCUCCUGCGAAAAAACUACAUCAUCUGCGUAUUUAAGACAGCUGGCAGCCAGUGCGUCGACGCCUGACGAAUACC